GUGAAAAAAAUAUAUCAAUAAUAUAAUACAAAGUGACCAAUGUCCUCAUCAAACGUCUAUAAGAAGGUUGGCAACAAGGCUUCAAGUGCUACUGGUGGUAGUGGUGUUUCCAAUAACAACAACAAUGAAAUUCAAAAGAAUGAAAUUAGAAUUACCGCUCAAGGUAGAAGUAGAAAUUACAUUUCCUAUGCUGUUGGUUUGUUAGAUCCAACUCUCUUGCAAAAGGAAGAAAAAGAUGUCCAAACUCCAUCCGAACCAUUCGAUACUGUUGUAUUGAAGGCUAUGGGCAAGGCUAUUCAAAAGGCUGUUACCAUUGCUGAGGUUUUGAAGAGAAGAGUUGCUGGCUUGCAUCAAAUUACUUCCAUCGAAUCACAAGAAAUUGAAGAUCAAUACGAACCAAAGGAAGAAGGUAUGGAUGUUGUUACCAAGAAGCGUACUGUCAGUUCUAUUGUUAUUAAAUUGUCAAAGAAGGCUUUGGAUACUUCUGACUUGGGUUAUCAACCACCAAUUCCAGCUGAUCAAGUCACUGCUCCACAAAUCAUCUCUACUAAGAAGGUUCCUGUUGGUGCUGGAGGUGAAGGUGCUGCUGCUGGAAAGAGAAGAAGAAGAUUCAGAAGUGGUGCUACUCGUAAACAACAACAACAACAACAAACUGGUGGAGAAGCAACUACUACUACAACAGCAACUACUACUACCACUGCUACUACUCGUCAACCACGUCAAAGAAAUCCUGAAACUGCUCAACAACAACAACAAACUGGUGGUACUGCUCAAACUUCAGGUGCUGCACAAACUGGUGGUGCUGCUCAAAGAGGUAUGAGCAGACCUCGUGGAAGAGGUAGAGGAAGAGGUGGACGUGGUGGAAAUAGAGGAGGAAGAGGACAACCAAGAAAUACUGCUAAUACUGUUACUACUCAAUCAACAGGUGCUCAACAAUAAUUUUGUGAAUGUGAAAAUGAUUGAUGGUGAUGAAAGAUCACAAAAAACAAUAUCAUAACUAGUCAUCAUUGAUUAUAUUACAUUUACACACCCCCGCUAAGUGUAAUAAAUUGUAUUUUAGUGU